GCGCGGGCCCCGCAGUACCGACCGCGCUGUCGGUUCGGACGGUGCGAGCGCCGGAGGAGGGCGCCGUCAGCUCGCGCCGCACCCCCUCCACCCCGGCCGGGACUCGGCGCCGACGGCCGCGGCUGCCCGGCAUUCCUGCAGGCCCGGGACGAAGCCGCUGGACGUCGCGCCCCGGUCCCGCCUGGCUCCCGAGAUGAGCCAAUUCCGGGGCGCCUGGUUCCUCACGCUCUUCGUCCUGCUGGCGCUGCUGCCUCCGCCAGGCCAUGGCAACGAGGGCAGCGUCAUCGGCAGUUGUUACUGCCACACGGCGAUUCGUUCGGGCUCCCCUACAACGGCGGAGUUCAUGGCACAUCUCCGAAAACACCUGAGAGCCUACGAUCGCUGUAAUUCCUACAUCAGGUUCCAGCUACACUCCCGGAGUGUGUGUGGGGGCAGCAAAGAUUCCUGGGUUCAACAGUUGAUGAGCUGCUUUGAUCGCAUAGAAUGUGGAUACGCUAAGUCUGGGAGUGCGGCCCCUGGGAAGCAUUUACCUCCUCCCAGCACCCAGGUUCCUGACCCCACACAGAGGGCACCUUUAGACAUGGGCUCCCCUGCUCAGACGUACCUGCCACCUGCCUCGCAGUCUACCGUGCAGCCCACGCUUCCAGCAGGAGCUCCGUCCUUGGACAAAAAGCUCACCCACGCCAAUGAAAUCGCUGCAUCCACUGAGGGCCAUGGUCUGGGGGCUGGGCCUGAGGCUGGGGAGAGGCAGAAGCAGCUGGAAGAAAAAGUGGGGCCUUCAGCUGGGACCUCAGCCAUGGUGCCAGUGCUGUCCCUCCUGACCAUCAUCUUCGUUCUCACCAUCGUCCUCCUGUACGUGCUGUGCAAGAGGAGGCGGGAGCAGGCACUGCAGCACUCUCCGGAUCUGCAGCUUCAUUACACACCCAUGGCAUCGGACUCCAACGCCUGAGCUAACAGUGGAAACCCGUGAGGGUGGACGCCGUGAUUUAUUCAGCCCCCUAUGCCUUUAAUUAAUGCAGUAGGAUAAUCCCUGGCACAGAAUAGGCACUCCAUUGCUAUCUGAUGUUCAAUAUACAAAUACCCAGCCACUGCCCUCUUGUAGACUCGUCCCGAGUUUUUUCCUGUGCUAUAAUGUAAAAUCUUUCACUGUAACACCUUAAACAAAUUAUGUGUUUAAUUACUAAAGAUUAUUUUUAUAA